AUGGAAACGGGCCCCAGAAACUGUCCUAGCUCCGGGAAGGAAUCCCAGGAAAUCUGCUCUCCUGGAUUACUGGUGUUCACCGGCUGCUCUGAGCAGGAUGCCAACUUGGCUAAGCAGUUUUGGCUCGGGGCGUCCAUGUAUCCCCCACUGAAUCUCAGCUGGUGUUGAACCAGGGACAGCAGCCAGCGGCUACCAGUGGCAAAGCAUUCUAAAGUCCAAGUGAGCGAGAAAAAUCCAGUCCGACCCUUUCCCUUUGAUCGUAACAAGGAGGCAAAUGUCUUCGCAAAAGCCCAAAAGAUUCAGGAAGCUGAAGAGAAAGCAAAGUAUCUCCAAAAGAAUCCAUUCCUCUCUCAUCCUGGACUUUCGUCCCAGGAGCAGCCUGAGUCUGAAGCUUACGGAGGUGUGAGUAGGGGUCUUGUCACUUUGGCCCACUUGGCAAACUCAGGACCUCCCUGGGCGGCUCUCUCGGGAAAGCUGGCCCCUUCCGCUGCCUUGCCUCCCUCCAGUGAGCCUAGCAGUUUCUCCAGCCUGGAGCCUGGAGCACCAGACCAGGCCGUCGGGGGCGGGCCAGUCCAAGGGGCUGCCUUCGCCGCAGUGGACGUCCCAGGAGGCGGAGGGGCGACCAACUAA